UAUAUACACAUGUACGUAGCCACCAUAUUGUUUGUCUUCACGAAUACGACAGUCGAGUCUCGGAAUAUAUAAGGUAGGAGGUUAAAACCGUGUCAAGAAAGGAUACCACUUGAUGUUAUUUUAAUGAAAGUUACACCGGAAUAUUUCUGAAAAUUGGAAACAUGACACAUUUCAAUGGACCAUUAGUGUUGGCUGUUCUUGCAGGCGCCGUAUCAGUGGUAUCCGGCUUCGUCGAUUGUUAUUCGUGUUCAUACACCAUCACCGCCGCGCCAUGGAUUACUUAUGAGUGCGCAAACGACACAGAUCACGUGCAAACAGGAUCAGUACAGGUUCCAUGUCCCGAUUCACUUUAUUGCGUCACAAAAGUCGUCUACAACGCAGAUUUAACGGAAAUAAGAUCGGUCACAAGAGGAUGUAUGGUGCCGGACACCGUCAGAUGUGGCGUGAAUUGCUGUGACAAGAGUCUCUAUGACGUUUCAUGUCAGUACCAAUGUCGUACAGACGGUUGUAAUAACAGAGAUGUCACCACUAAAUUGAACGAACGAAGCGGCACCGGAGCGGCAGCAGCUAUACACUCAGGAGUCAUUCUGCCACCAUUUCUUGUUCUUUUUUCUUCAUUUAUUAUGUCGUUGUUGGGAGGGUGAAAUUUAUUUAUUAAACAAUUAUAGGGUCA